AUGAGCAUGCUAGUGAAACUCGCCACCGCGUUUUUGGUAGUCUCAGGGGCAAACGGAAAGGACUUCGACUCUUGCCUGAUGCAGAUGGCUGCAAGCCCGACUCAGGCUACAACCGUCGAGCGGCCACUCGCGGAUACCUAUGUUCAGUCCUGCCAGUCAACGAAUUAUGGUACCCAGCAGGUGUUGGUCAACAAGCGCUACUCCGACGGCUGGUGCGGCACUCGAUACUCGUUCUUGCAAUUCAGCGUUCCUUGCGAUGCUCAGGAUGCAACGCUCCUGCUGUGGCCGACUGACUAUUCUGCUGGUACCUUUCCAAAGGUGGCCGUCUUCACGGUGCAGAACGCGUGGUCGGAAAGCACCACUAUUUGGUCCAACCACCCUGGCUGGCAGGAGCAGGUUUGCGAUUAUCAGGCAUACCCAGGCCCAGUCGGGCAGGCGUUCGCAUGCACCGUUCCACAGGCGAAACUCGCCGGUAAGAACACCAUCUCGUUUGCGUUGGUUGCAGAAUGGAUGUGGGCGGGGGGCAGUAGUUUUUGGUCUCGCGAAGCCCUCGACGAGAGCACCAGACCGUCGCUGGUGUUCCAGUGUCCUACUGCAGCACCCACGGCGGCCCCGACGAGCAGCCCGACCUCGUCCCCGACGCCCAGUCCGACGAGCAGCCCGACAAGCAGCCCGACCUCCAGUCCGACCGCGUCCCCGACGUCCAGUCCGACGAGCAGCCCGACCUCCAGUCCGACCGCGUCCCCGACGUCCAGUCCGACGAGCAGCCCGACCUCCAGUCCGACCUCGUCCCCGACGCCCGGCCCGACGCCUUCGCCGACUGCGGAGGGCGCACCAACCCCAGCACCGUCGGCAUGGGUAUCACUUGGUACUGGAAUUUGCUCAGGGCAUGAUCAGGAUUGGACAAGUGCCGACGCUUUGGGGCCUGAUUAG